GCGCUCGCCUUCUUCUUGGCCGCCCCGCCCGCCUCGCCCGGGAGUAGCUCGUGGCGCGUGCCGAGGAAGCAGCCCCGACCCCGACGCCGACGCCCGCCCGCGCUCGCUCGCCUGCUCGCUCCUUCCAGGGGAGGCGCCCUCCGCCCGCCCGCCCCGGCCCCCGCAGCAGGCUCCCCCCCGCCCCCCCUCGGCAGAGCUCCCCCCCCCGGCCCACCGGUUCCGUGCGCAGCGGCAGCAGCGAUGAGCGGCUGGAGUUGCUACAUCGACAACCUGAUGGCCGACGGCACCUGCCAGGACGCCGCCAUCGUGGGCUACAAGGACGCGCCCUCCGUCUGGGCCGCCGCCCCGGGCAAGACCUUCGCCGGCAUCACGCCCGCAGAAGUGAACGUCCUGGUAGGAAAGGACCGAGACAACCUGUUUGUGAACGGCCUGACGCUGGGCGGCCAGAAGUGCUCCGUCAUCCGGGACAGCUUGCACACGGACGGGGAGUGCACCAUGGACUUGCGGACCAAGAGCACAGGGGGGGGCCCCACCUUCAACAUCACAGCCGCCCUGACCAGCAAGACGAUAGUCCUCGUGAUGGGGAAGGAAGGCGUCUACGGGGGCUGCGUCAACAAGAAGUGCUUUGAGAUGGCCAACCACUUGCGGAGGUCCCAGUAUUGACGUGCCUUCCUGCGCAGCCCCACCCGCGGUAGUACUGAUGGAACGGUGUCAGGAUGUCCAAGUUGGCGGUGGCUGCCCGGGGAUGCCGCCCUUGCCACCAGGGGGUUGCCCCCGGGGCCGGAUCGCCGCCUAUUCCAGCCCCUCGCCACACUUGUGGCCUCUCCCUGCCCCCUUUCUAUGGUUUUUUUCUAGCCCCACCCCCCGGCCCUCACACGCCUCCUCCCCUUUGCCAUUUUUUCUAUCACAAAUCCUUAUUGCUGCCAAAUUUUCUGGUUGUUACAAGGUGUAGUUUUUUGGUUAAGAAAACUAUAUUGGAACAAUAAAAAUAAAUUGAAUUC